AUAUUUCUUCAGAGGUGGAACAGCCCAAAUAAGACAACAACAACAAUAAAAAGCAGGAGCACGACUGCGUGUGCCGUGUGUCGUGGGUGAACUCUGUCCCCGCUGAGCACACAGGGGGCGCGAGGGGGAGCAGGCGGACGCGCGGGCUCUGGUAUUUACGUUAAAGGCACACGGGUUGAAUUCCCCACCGGCAGGGACUCCUGCAUCUGCUCGCUCCGGGCUCCAUCAAAGUGUGCCGGGCUGGUUCCUCGCCUCCCUCGUGCCUCUCCGGUCACACAGCCCAGGCUGCCUCCAGCCCGCCCCUGCCCGCUGGCCCGGCUGGUCCCGAGUGUGCCACGGUGCCUCUGAAAAUGAGCACUUUCUCCUUCGAGGCGGCUGCUGCGUGGCUCUGCCCGGCUGUCGCGGCCGUGUUGGGAGGGACGAUUCUCUGCCAAGUCAAGAGUCGCCCGGGACAGAGGGGCACGAAGGUGGUCUGCCUGGCGGGCCUCUGGGGAGGGGCGUGUCUGCUCAGAGUGUCCGUCUUUUGGGGCGUCCUCCUGUUCUCCUUGGCGUGCCUCCUCUCGUACCAUCACUUGUCUGGCCAAGCGCUGUUACCUGUGGAUCAAAGAGCCGUCCUGGUCACAGGUGGCGAUACCGGCCUUGGCCAUGCGCUGUGCAAGUACCUGGACGAGCUGGGCUUCACGGUGUUCGCCGGCGUCCUGGCCGAGAGGGGGCCGGGCGCGGAGGGCCUGCGCAGGACCUGCUCCAGCCGCCUCUGCGUGCUCCAGCUGGACGUCACGGCCCCCGAGCAGAUCAAGGACGCCCACAGCAAGGUGGCGGCCAAGCUGCAGAAGAGAGGUCUGUGGGCCGUGAUCAACAACGCGGGGAUCAUGGGCUUCCCGGCCGACGCGGAGCUGAUCCCCAUGGCCGAGUACAGGCGCUGCAUGGCCGUGAACUUCUUCGGGGCCGUGGAGGUCACCAAGGCCUUCCUGCCGCUUCUCCGCAAGUCCAAGGGGCGGCUGGUGAACAUCAGCAGCAUGGCGGGCGGGGUCCCGAUGGAGAGGCUGUCGGCCUACGGCUCGUCCAAGGCGGCCCUGACCAUGUUCUCGGCGGUCAUGAGACAAGAGCUUUCCAUGUGGGGUGUCAAGGUCUCUAUCGUCCAGCCCGGAGGCUUCAAAACGAAUAUCACAGGCACCAGCGACACGUGGGACAGGCUGGAGAAGACCCUUCUGGAGCAGGCGCCCCCCGCCGUGCGGGAGGCCUACGGCCAGGAGUACAUCCUGAAGCUCCGCGACUACCUCCACGAGUUCCACCGGCGGAGCAGCCCCGACAUGUCCCCCCUGCUCCUGGACGUCCAGCACGCGGUCCUGGCCAGGCGCCCCUUGGCCUUCUACACGCCGGGAAGGGGCUCCUUCCUGUUCCUCUGCCUGGCCUCGAUGGGCCCCACCGGCCUCCUGGAUUACUGUCUCAGGAGCCUGAUGUCCGGGAAGACGGUGCCCCGGGGCCUCCGCACGCCCAGCCGGGAGAGCCCGGAGGCCAGCCCGGGAGAGGGGACCAGGUCCUGAGGCAGGCGCGGGGCCCGGCUCUCCGAGAGAGCGCCCAGAGCGACUCCCCCUUUGGCCCUGGCUCUUGCCGGCCAAGCCCCCCGGGAGAAGCUCGUAGCACCCCGCACACCGCCCUGGGGCACGGGAGUCGGGCUACACCGCAGACCCCGGCUAUUCUCCCCCAAGUAACCUUUGCUGCAGAGAAGUCGGGGGGCAGGACCUCCACCUAAUGACGGAGCACUGGGCCCAGAGAUGGCGCGCGCACCCCCUCCCCAGAUGCCCAGUCCUGUCCCUUUCUGGCGGGCAACCAACCCCCCUCUGGGCCCCACGGACCUUAGAAUUCACAGCCACGUAGGUUCUCCCCGUGUAUGGAAUUAAAUGUGCC